AUAAGGUGAAUAGAUCUGUUUCUUUUUCCCACUUCCGCCUUACUGAUUUCUCCUUUCUUCGUUUUCUUGUACCUCUUCUUUGGUUUCGAGCGGCCGCGAGCUCUUCUUUCUAGGGAUUUGAGUCAUUUGGUCCAUUUCAUGGCGUCGCGAUCGCUGAUCUUGAAGAGAUCGGUGCAACAAUGAACGCUUUCGCUGCCGCCUGCGAUGAGAUGAGGCCAGCCUUCCCCGUCGCGGAUAGGAAGACCCCUGUCUUCUGCCCCAAGCCGCGCCGGCUCAGCCCGCUUGCCGGCAUCGCUGAACCGGCCCGACCUCCCCGUUGGCAUUCGAGUCAUCAAGCAGAUUUCUUGGAUUCGAAGGCCGGGGCGGAUCUGUUAGACAUAUUUCUCGCAAAGGGUGGAGAAGAAGAUCAAGUAGCUUCGUCGCCGCCAUUCUUCUGCGGCUCGCCGCCAAGCCGUGCGGCCAACCCGGUCGUCCACGACGCACGGUUCGGGGAAGACGGCAUGCCGGCAUCCUUCGUCCCUUUACCACUAACCCAAUCCGGCCCACCCAUCUCCCCCAAGCAAGGCUGCGCUCAUGCCAAGUUCGGCCUCUUGCCGGCGGCCGUGCGGAUCGAGGGUUUUGAUUGCCUCAGCCGCGACCGCCGGAGCUGCAGCGGCAUCACUGCUGUGGCCUAAGCUUUCUUUUGGGGGGGGCUCAUAAGAGGAAGAGAGAGAGAAAGAGAGAGAGAUUAACAAGUCAGAAACAUAGCUAAACAGAUGGGGGAUAGAUAGAUUCAAAGCGAAGCUUUUGAGGUAAUAUGGAAGGCCUUAUAGCGUUCUUUGUAACUGUACAUUUUCCCAUGUCUCUGUAAAUUGAAGUCAUCAUAUCUGUAGAUAUGUAGCGAGUGUGGAGACAGAGAGAAGGGAGGUUAUGUUUUGAUGUGUUCUUUUUUGACCUCCGAGUCUAUGGAAUGUGUAAAUACUCAUCGUGUGCAAGAUCAAGAUGUGUUGGAAGCACUUAAUUCA